AUGGCAACCAGUGGGGAAAGGGGUUCAACAACUACAGUUGUUUGUGCAUUCAGUGCUUCAGGAAAGUAUGUUCCUCCAUUUUUUGUAUUUAAAAGAAAACGCAUAAAUAAUCAGUUGUUACGAGGAGGCAAUGCUGAUAUGCUUGUCAUGGUCAGUGACUCAGGUUGGAUCAAUGAAAAUUUAUUUGUGGACUGGCUUAAUCACUUUAUCUCAUUUGCUAAACCAACCAAAUACAAACCUGUGUUAUUAGUCCUAGAUAACCAUGAGAGCCAUGUUAGCCUUGAUUGCUUUCUACUCUGUCGUGGAAAUGGAAUUGUAUUGUUAUCCCUUUCACCACACACUUCCCAUAGAAUACAACCAUUAGAUUUAACAUACUUUGGUCCACUUAAGUCUGUAUACAACAGGGAAUGUGACAUUUUUAUGGUAGCAAACAUAGACAAACAAACAUAG